ACACACACUUGACUCAAUUGCGGAGUGCGGACUGUGUGUUUUCCACCCUGACUCACCGUCUGUGUUGAUUCACUGUCGGGUUUGGGCGUUGACGGAGCUCCGCCCGGGGGAAGGGCGCUUUUGGAGCCGCGGGGUGCGUCAAGAUCUUUAGGACUGUGUUUCCAAAAGCGGCCACAUAUUCACAGAGAACCUCAUUCUGCCGGACACACGCAGCUGGAGACAUGGACAUCUACCUGCUUCUCUUGGUGUCUUUUCUCCCUUUGUUUCACUUGAGCAGAGCUGACCAGCCUCUGGAGGAGGCGGUAGUUGUAGCAAGAAAUGUGGAGCUGCUUGGUGGAUGGACUGAUGCCAAUCCGGACAGAGAAGAUGUUCAAGACGCAGCGAAAGAAGCUGUAGAGCAAUUUAACAGCAAGCCCAGAGCAAAGAAAUACUUCAAACUCAUUAAGAUCACAUCAGCUAGCACUCAGGUUACAAAUAGGAUAAACUACAAAAUAGAGGCCAUUAUUGGAAAAACGAAAUGCCACAAAUCGGAAGGUGUAAACAUUGAGACUUGUCUCAUGGCAAAAAAGCAACUGACAUGCAAGUUUGAGGUCACCAUGGACCCAAUGAAUGAUGACCAUGAGGUGCACAAAAUGAUCUGCAAAAGAUCCGCUUGAAUUUCACUUUAACAACAAAUUGAUACUGUAUAGUUUUGCACUUUUGGAUAUUGAUGACCCAUUGUUUUGCUAGCAUUUUUGUGAUAUAUCCAGUAGCUUCUGUAUAAUUUUUGUAAGAUUAUACAACAUGGAUUGAAAUAAUCUUCUUUUAAAAGCAAUUUAAUAUUUUGUUUAGAACCCACUUUUAUUUAUUUUUUAAUAAAAUGUCUUCAGAUUCAUGAAGUGACAUCAGUAUUCCUAAACUAUUAAAAAACAAGUUACGUAA